CGUACAUCCCGGCGCUGCCGCCCCAGUAGGCGGAAACGUCGAGUCGUUGGUUGGGCCCGCCGCUCGCUUCACGGCGCGGGCUCUUCCGUGGCCGCCAUGGCGUCGGAGCGGCCGCGGGAGCCCGAAGGCGAGGAUAGCAUCAAGUUGUCAGCUGAUGUCAAACCAUUUGUUCCUAAGUUUGCUGGGCUCAGUGUGGCGUGGUCAGAGUCCUCCGAAGCCUGUGUCUUCCCAGGCUGUGCAGCCACUUACUAUCCAUUUGUGCAGGAAUUACCGGUGACUGAACAAAAAGUUUACCCUGAAGACAUGGCCUUUGGAGCCCCUGCAUUUCCAGCGCAGUACGUAUCUUCUGAGAUAACACUGCAUCCAUUUGCCUGUUCUGCUUAUGCCCUUGACUCUGCACAGAGUGUUUGCUCAGGGCCAGCCCUGCAGUAUGAUUACAGCCAAGCACAGUGUCACCCAGGCUUUCGGACAGCAAAGCCCCGAAAUGAGCACAUGUGCCCUCCUCCUCAGGAAGCAAAAGGUGUAUUUAAGAAAAAAUCCUCUGAUGAGAGAAAAACAUGUGACGGGCAGAAGUCCAACAGCAGAGGGGCUGACAGUGCAGUGCCAUCUGAGAUGAGACCAGCUAGAGGUUCCUGUCACCUCUCCACUCGUGCUGAGAGUAGUUUGAAACCAGAUGGUUAUCACAAACGAACAGACCGGAAGUCCAGAAUCCUUGCAAAAAAUGCAUCUACCUCCAAACCUGAAUUUGAAUUUAGCAGGUUGGACUUUCCUGAACUGCAGAGUCCAAAGAACAAUAGUAUGCCAGAGACACAGAAGCAGCCCAGGUGGGGGCCUCUUGGCUCUGCUGCCAGUAACACGUCUCUCCCGGGAGAAGUGGGCAAGCGAGUUGCAGAGAUGGCAGAGGGUGAAAUGGUGAAGAGCAGUCGCACAGCUGGAGCUGUGACUGAUAAUGCUGCUGCCAGUUCCCCUUCAUGUACCCGAGCAGAGUUCUCUUGGACACCAAUGGGUUAUAUUGUUCGGCAGACAGUGUCUUCAGGAUCAACAGCAACAACUGAAAACGUCACUUCUGUGAUGAAUCUAAAGAAGACUGCUUCAUCAACCAAUGCUAAAACUGUUAGUGUGCCAUCUGAGGCUUUUUCUUCAGAUCCUUCUUACAACAGGGAGAAGUGUGUUCAUCCUGCUACAAAGGCCAAAGCAUCACAAGGAGGUGAACUUGAACACAAUGAAACCUCAAGAAAGAAUAAGAAAAAGAAAGAAAAGUCUAAAUCAAAUUGUGAAGUCCUGACAGUUCAGGAGCCACCAAGGAUUGAAGAUGCCGAGGAGUUCCCCAACCUGUCAGUCGCCUCUGAAAGAAGACACAGAGUAGAAUCACUGAAACGUGAAAGUAAACAGCAGGUGCAGAAUGAUUUUAAAACUGGUGGAAAGAAGAGCCAGAUUCCAGUGCAGCUGGACCUGGGGGGCAUGCUGGCAGCGCUGGAGAAGCAGCAGCAUGCCCCACAUGCCAAGCCGUCCUCCAAACCUGUCGUGUUCUCAGUUGGAGCAGUGCCGGUCCUUUCCAAGGAUGCCUCCUCGGGUGAGAGGGGUCGCCGCUCCAGUCAGGUGAAGACCCCACACAACCCCUUGGACUCCAGUGCCCCCCUAAUGAAGAAGGGAAAGCAGAGGGAGAUCCCUAAGGCCAAGAAGCCCACCUCCCUGAAGAAGAUAAUUUUAAAAGAACGGCAAGAGAGAAUGCAGCAGCGACUCCAAGAAAAUGCUGUGGGUCUGACUGUGGCCAGUGACGAUGCACAGGAUGUAGAGAGCGGUGACCAGGCCCCCAAGCAGGGCCACUCCACAGGUCCAGAGAAGACCGAAGAAUCAGUGUCUUCUACACCUGUGAUUGAGGGUGAGUCAGAAGAGCCGACUGGCACAGAGUUCAAGAGGGACCAAGAGGCCUGCCAUCCUACCCCGGACAGUGCCACCUUCCCCAAGAUCCACAGCCGCAGGUUCCGGGACUACUGCAGCCAGAUGCUUAGUAAAGAAGUAGAUGCUUGUGUCACGGGUCUGCUCAAGGAACUGGUGCGCUUCCAAGACCGGAUGUACCAGAAAGAUCCCGUCAAGGCCAAGACCAAACGCCGGCUUGUGCUGGGGCUGCGGGAAGUCCUGAAACACCUGAAGCUCAAGAAGCUGAAGUGCGUCAUCAUCUCUCCCAACUGUGAGAAGACACAGUCCAAAGGUGGACUGGACGACACGCUGCACACCAUCAUCGAUUGCGCCUGUGAGCAGAACAUCCCCUUCGUGUUUGCACUGAACCGCAAGGCGCUGGGGCGCAGUCUGAACAAAGCAGUGCCUGUCAGCAUCGUGGGGAUCUUCAGCUACGACGGGGCUCAGGACCAGUUCCACAAGAUGGUUGAGCUGACCAUGGCAGCCCGGCAGGCAUACAAGACCAUGUUGGAGACGGUGCGGCAGGAGCUGGCAGGACAGCAGGAGCUGGCAGGACAGCAGGAGCUGGCAGGACAGCCUGGGCCUCAGACCCCUCCCAGCCCACUCAUACAGGGCCCCAUCCAGUCCACUGAAGAAGGCACCCUAGCCUCCACUGGAAAAGAACCACACUAUAUUGAGAUUUGGCGAAAGCACCUGGAAGCAUACAGUCAGCGUGCCUUGGAGCUGGAAGACUCACUGGAGGCGUCAACUUCUCAGAUGAUGAACUUGAAUUUAUAAGAAGAGUUCUUGCCUGUGUGUCUGUGUAUUGGGUAAGGAUGGGGGAGGCAGGAAAAAGACUUCCUUCUCAAUUCUUUACUGACCUGAUGUAGUUUAUGUGACUGUUGAAUUGGAAACUCACUGGCCUAAGGGCAAAGGAAGCAGCUGGUGUAGGCUGUGAGUCCAUCAGGUGGACACAGAUAGACUGGUGAGAGCCUUUCCUAAGAGCCCGUGAUUCAGCUUUGCUUCUCUCUGCACACUGGACCUGGAAAAUGCUGGAGAACGUGAUCCUGGCUACUGUGGCUCCCUAGGAAACACUCCAUUACAGAGCCACUGAAUCGGUGAGAGGAGGUAGGACAGGGAUGAUGCUCCCUGUGAGGACUGUGGAUGGCCCUUUCUCAGGGCUUGGGGCCCUGCUACUUUGUGCUGCCAAGGAUGUGCUAAAAUGAGCCUCAGAAGAAAAUUAGUUUCUAACAUGACUUUUUGACAUAAAUUAAUCCUUUUAGUUUUUAUUUUCCAAAGAAGCAGUAUAUAUCAAAUUUGUAGAUUUCAGUUUGGUAUCUACAAAUCUUUUUAAUGAACAUACAAUGAAUGUGGUUUCUGUCUUAAAGGACAGAGCUUGCUUGCUUAUUUUCUCUGCAAGUGAGAGGGCUUAUUUAUUUUGAAUAAAGAGUGAUUAUUUAAUUUCA